GGCCUUAUGAUGUUUGUUUUACUGACAUGCUUAAAAGACUGAAAUCCUCUCAAAGUGCCUGCCUGUCAAUGCUCCGACAUGGAGGUUCAUAAAGAAGUUCUUUUACUUUGUCUCUUCCUUUUUACAGGUUUCCUCAGGUGCCACAGCCAAAACACAGAUGUUCUGGAAGCAUAUAUUAAAACGGAUGGGGCCUGGAUAGUGAAACUGCCUAAAAAUCAAUAUACUGUGAAAACAGAGGAGGAUUGUGCCGUCAAGUGUAACAAAGAAACUUCCUUUACAUGCAGGUCCUUUUUGUACAUUGAAAAAGACCAGGAUUGUGUAACAUUACCCGCAAACUCAAAAACUGAUCAAAUACUGCGAAGAAUGAGUGCUACUCUCUAUGAGAAAAAGGAGUACUUACUGGAAUGUGUGAAUGGCAUUGGCACGGACUACAGAGGGACAAGAUCCAAGACAAAAUCAGGAAAAAAAUGUCAGCAAUGGGAGGAAACAUUCCCCCAUGUGCCAAACAUUACUCCAAAGACACAUCCAAAAGCUGACUUGGAGUUCAACUUUUGUCGAAACCCAGAAGGAGAUAAAGGGGGUCCCUGGUGCUACACCACAGAUCAAGAGAAACGAUGGGAGCACUGCGAUAUCCAAGACUGUACAGAGGAAUGUAUGCAGUGCAGUGGUGAAAACUACAGAGGCAAGAUCUCCACCACUGCGAGUGGAUUUACCUGCCAACGCUGGGACUCUCAAAAACCCCACAACCAUGAGUUCAUCCCUUCAGACCUUCCUGAUAAGUUUUUGGAAGAUAACUAUUGCAGGAACCCCGAUGGAGCAUCCAAGCCCUGGUGCUUUACCACUAGUCCGUCUAAACGCUGGGAAUCCUGCUCCAUUCCUCAAUGCACAAUGGAACCACCCACGAUUGUACCAGAGCUUACCUGUGCAAGUGGAGAAGGUAGCUCCUACAGGGGCACCAUUGCGGUGACAGUCUCAGGAAAAACUUGCCAGGAAUGGUCAUCUCAAAGUCCCCACAAGCAUUCUAAAACUCCAGAGAACUACCCAUGCAAAGGUCUUGAUAAGAACUACUGCAGAAACCCUGAUAAAGAAAGAAGUCCAUGGUGUCACACCACAGAUCCUGAGACCCGCUGGGAGUACUGCAGUGUACCUAGUUGUGGAGAUCAGCGUAGACCUGGGGAGCCGGUGAUCCCUGUAGGUGAGGAAUGUUAUGAAGGUGAUGGAAGAUCUUACCGCGGUAACAUGUCAGAGACUGUCAGUGGAAAGAAAUGCCAGUUCUGGACAUCCAUGGAACCUCAUCAACAUUCCAAAACACCUCAGAAAUUCCCUGCAGCAGAUCUGAGGAGAAACCUGUGCAGGAAUCCAGAUGAUGACAGAGCCCCUUGGUGUUACACCACAGAUCCCACAGUUCGGUGGGAAUACUGCAACAUUGAGCGGUGUGACAGCAAGCAAGCAAGCACACAAGAACCCCCUACCAAUUCAAUAGAGCCUGCAGCUUCUCCAUCCAUUUCUCAGGAAACAGAUUGUAAGGUUGGCAACGGAGCAACUUACCGGGGUCCCACAUCCACUACUAUAAUGGGAGUGACUUGCCAAGCAUGGAGUUCUAUGACCCCACAUCAGCAUUUCAGUUUUACCCCUGAAACACAUCCAGACAAGGGUCUAGAGUCGAAUCAAUGUAGAAACCCAGACAAUGAUGUGAAUGGACCUUGGUGCUAUACAACAGAUCUAUUUAAGAAGUGGGAUUACUGUCAGAUCCCAGACUGUGAUGUGGAAAACUUUAUAACCAGAUGUGGAAAACCAGCAAUAAAACCCAAGCAAUGCUUAGGGAGGAUUGUUGGGGGAUGUAUUUCCAAAGCACACUCGUGGCCUUGGCAGAUCAGUCUUAGGACCAGAGGCAAAAUUCAUUUCUGUGGUGGAACACUAAUUGAUGCCCAGUGGGUCCUAACUGCAGCUCACUGCCUAGACAGGUCUGAGAGUCCAUCUGCCUACAAGAUCUUGCUUGGAAUCCACACAGAACGUGCAACUGAAUCAUCAAAACAGGAGCAAGACGUUUCUAAAAUUAUUAAGGGACCAGGCGGAACUGACAUCGCUCUUCUUAAAUUGGACAGGCCUGCAUUAAUAAACGAUAAGGUAUUGCCUGCUUGCCUACCAGAAAAGGACUACAUCGUACCAAGCGAUACUGAAUGUUAUGCAACAGGCUGGGGGAAGACAGAGGAAACUGGUGGAGAGGGUUUCCUGAAAGAAACUGGCUUCCCUGUAAUUGAGAAUAAAGUCUGCAACGGUCCAUCGUAUUUGAACGGCCUUGUGAAGGAGCAUCAGAUGUGUGCAGGAAACAUAGAAGGUGGAACAGACAGUUGUGAGGGUGACAGCGGUGGGCCUCUCGUCUGCUACUCACAGAACACCUUCGUCCUUCAGGGAGUGACAUCAUGGGGUCUUGGCUGUGCCAAGGCCAUGAAACCAGGAGUGUACACCCGCGUCUCCAAGUUUAUCAACUGGAUAGAACGGAGCAUGAAAGAAAACUGAGAAUGGAAUAGUCAAAACUUCCCUUAAAAUGGAUGUGUGGAAUUUAAAUGUACAACCAAGAAUGUAAUAAUGAAAAUAUGUUAUUAAUUCAUAAGCUGUUCUAAAGUAAAGUAACACACACUGUUCAGAAGUUCA